AUGGCGACCACCGCUGCUGCAUCGUUGGCGGGCAUCUCGACUCUAGCAGCGUACUUGAACGCGAAGUACCAUAUCGCGCAAGAUCUGAGGGUUAAGAGACGGAAGAAAUUGGCGAUCAGAUGGUACGCGGAUCUUGUAAAACAAAACCGAUUGUCCAUAUGGUACUCCUUCACACCGCACGUCGCCAAGUAUCUAAACGAGCUCUGCAUUUGGUCACGGGAUAAGCAGUACACAUGGCAGGAAGUCCACGAUCAUGCGGUGCAGUGGGCGCAGUUUUUCCUCAGUCAGGGUGUCAAGCCGGGCGAUAUGGUCGGCAUCUAUCUUAUGAACUCCGCGGAUUUCCUCGUUAUCUGGUUGGGACUGUGGUGUAUCGGAUGCGCGCCGGCGCUGCUGAACUACAACCUUAAGGGAGAUAGUCUGGUUCACUGCCUCCGGAUAAGCAGCGUGAAGCUUGUCCUCGUGGACCCAGAUCCAGAAUGCCAGGACCGGUUUUUGGAUACCUGGGAGGCGAUCGAGCAAGAGCUUGGAGUAACGCACUUCACUGUCUCGCCCGCCUUCCUCACCAAAGUCUACGACGCCCAAGUAUCCACCCCAGACGACUCCUACCGCUCUAAAGUCAGUGGUACAAGCCCCGUAUGUCUCCUCUACACCUCUGGCACCACCGGCCUGCCUAAAGCAGGCAUGUACACCGUACAGCGGUAUCACGAGCGCGGCCACCCGUCCUCGCUCCCUUACAACCAGAAACCCGGCAAUGGCGGGGACCGCUGGUACUGCAGCAUGCCGCUCUUCCACGGCACAGGCGGCCUCGCGACCCUGGGCGCUAUAACAUUCGGCAUGAUUGCCGCCGUAGGCCGCAAGUUCAGCGUCAGCACGUUUUGGAACGACAUCCAUGACUCGCAGGCCACUAUGUUCGUGUACGUGGGCGAAGCUGCGAGAUACUUGCUCAUGGCUCCGCCGCAUCCGCUGGAGAGGGAUCAUCCGAGGCUAAGAGGAAUGUAUGGGAAUGGGAUGAGGCCGGAUGUAUGGGGCAGGUUUAAAGAGCGCUUCGGUGUGCCCGAGGUGAUCGAGUUCUUCAAUUCAACAGAGGGUGUCUUUGGGCUGGUGGUGCAUUCUAAGAACGAGUUUACGCAGGGGUGUGUGGGGCUACAUGGCGCUGUGUUGAGGAGAGACUUGAGGGAUACGUAUGUACCCGUAGCCAUCGAUCCGGAAUCCGGAGCCCUGAUGCGGGAUCCGGAGACCGGCUUCGUGCAGCGCAGGUCGUACGAUGAGGGAGGCGAGAUCCUAGUUAACAUCCCGUCGGAAAACGUAUUCGCGGGGUAUUACAACAAUCCCGCCGCGACGGCGAAGAAGUUCGAGCGCAACGUUUUCCGGCCAGGCGAUCUGUAUUACAGAACAGGCGACGCGCUACGACGAGACGAUGAGGGCCGCUGGUUCUUCCUCGACCGCCUCGGCGACACGUUUCGCUGGAAGUCGGAGAACGUAUCUACGGCUGAAGUUGCGGAGGUGCUGGGUCGGUAUCCGGGCGUUAUUGAGGCGAUGGUGUACGGUGUGCUUGUGCCGAACCACGAUGGGAGAGCUGGAUGUGUGGCAUUGCGGUUGGAAGACGGCGUUAGCCCAGUUGGGUUCGACUGGAAGGCAUUUUUGGAGUAUGCGCAGGGCAAGUUGCCGAAGUAUGCGGUACCAGUGUUUGUGCGGCUGGUGAGGGAGAGUAGUAUGACGGAUAAUCAGAAGCAGAAUAAGGCGCCGCUUAGGGAGGAGGGGAUUGAGUUGGAGAGGUUUGGGGAGAGGGUUGUUGGUGGGAAGGAGGAUGCGGUGCUUUGGGUUAGGCCGGGGAUGGGGACGUAUGAGAGGUUUGAUGGCGAGUAUCUGUGGGGGCUGAGGAAAGGGCAGAUCCAUUUGUAA